AAUACGCAACUUUUGCCCAGUGUUAUUGGGUUAAUUCUACACAAUCCAAGAGCUGUCACCAGUUACCUUGGUGACGAGCGAAGCCGCCAUGUUUCGUGGAAUUUACUUCCCGGUGGGUCACGUGACGGUGGGAUCCGAAUGGUGACGUCAACUCAGAGUUUCGGGAGAAACAUGGCUGCCAGGGGGGUCGGCUGUGGCUCCCGGGGUUUUUACUUCAACACCGUGCUGUCUUUAGCCCGCUCUUUGGCCGUGCAGAGGCCGGCUGCUCUGGAAAAGGUGCAGAAACUACUAUGUAUGUGCCCGGUUGAUUUCCACGGGGUGUUUCAGCUGGAUGAACGGCGUAGAGAUGCUCUCAUAGCUUUGGGGAUCUUUCUGGUGGAGUCUGAUCUCCAGCACAAAGAACAUGUGGUCCCUUAUCUUCUGCGGCUCCUGAGAGGUCUUCCAAAAGUGCAUUGGAUUGAGGAAAGCACAGCUCGCAAGGGCAAAGGGACACUCCCUGUGGCAGAAGUCUUCAGCUUCUGUCUGGUGACAUUACUGUCGGACGUUGCCCACAGAGAUCCAUCAUUCCGAGGGCAGAUCUUAGACACCAUUCUUGAUGUAAUGCAUUGUUUGCUUGGAAUGUGCCAGUCUCCUCAAAAUUACGAUAAAGAGUAUCUGUGCAAGUACGCGGUUCCAUGUUUAAUCGGUAUCUCCCGGGCAUUUGGGCGAUACAGCAACACAGAUGAAUCUCUCCUGUCUAAGCUGUUUCCAAAAGUCUCACCUCAGUCUCUGAAGGCCCCAGAGGAACUUGAAGGCAUCCGAAGGCGUUCCUUUAAUGACUUUCGAUCCAUUCUGCCGAGUUCCCUGUUGAGUGUGUGCCAAGGUGACUCACUGAAGAGAAAGACCAGUAGUGUGUCCAGUGGCUCGCAGGUCAGCCCUGACCGCAUUGUCCCUCCGCCUGGCUCUCCUGCAGGAUCUAACAUACAAUACUUUGAAGGAUCAUAUCUCCCAGAUGGCAGCGCAGUGGAUCCUGAUUAUUACCUCUGUACCAUCAGCUCCAGCUUCUCGGUUUCCCCUCUUUUCACUGGUGUAAACAGCAAAGAAAAUGACAUUCCCCAAGAAACCCUUCGUCAACUUCUGCACAUGGUGAAGCAGAUUGUGGCAGAACCAGUUCUAAGCUCACUUGAUGCCCUAAUUACUGAAGUCACAGAGGCAAAUCCAAGUGCUGACCUGUUUUACAAAACAUUUAGUGAUCCUCUCUACGUUGCAAUGUUUAAGAUGCUCCGAGAUACUCUCUAUAACAUGAAAGAUCUUCAGACGUUAUUUGUGAAGGGAAAUCCAUGAUUUUGUGCGUUGAACAGUUUCAACAGUAGCCAGAGUGAACUCCAAAAGAUCCUAUACGAUGUGGAUAGACUGCACAAUAAACUCAGUCCUUUGAAGCUGAGAUGCCAGGCAAAUGCAGCAUGUGUGGACCUCAUGGUGUGGGCAGCCAGAGAUGAACAAGGAGCUGAAAACUUGUGUAUCAAACUGUCUGAAGAGUUGCAGCCAAGGACAUCGAGCAAAGUGAUCAUAGGCCCCCACAUGCCUCUCCUGAUAUGCUGCCUGCUGGUACGUCUUGGGCGUCUUUGUGAACGGUUCCCUGUUGUAGUACACUCUGUGACUCCAUCUCUCCGAGACUUUGUUAUCCCUUCUCCAGUUCUUGUGAAGCUGUACAAAUACCACAGCCAGUACCAGACUGGUGCUAAUGACAUCAAGAAUAGUGUCACCAAUGAGCACUCUGAAUCCACAGUGAACAUCAUGUCUGGCAAGAAGAGCCAGCCUUCCAUGUACGAGCAGCUCCGUGACAUCGCCAUAGAAAAUAUCUGCAGGUGUUUAAAUGCUGGUUUAACCAUAGAUCCAGUCAUCGUGGAAGCCUUUCUUGCCAGUUUGUCCAACCGUCUGUAUAUAUCUCAAGAGAAUGAAAAGUAUGAUGCACAUUUAAUUCCUGAUCACACAAUCCGUGCCUUGGGGCACAUUGCUGUGGCCCUACGGGAUACGCCCAAAGUGAUGGAACCCAUCUUGCAGAUCCUGCAGCAGAAGUUCUGCCAACCUCCGUCACAGUUGGAUGUGCUCAUCAUAGACCAGCUUGGGUGCAUGGUGAUCACUGGCAAUCAAUAUAUCUACCAGGAGGUGUGGAAUCUUUUUCAGCAGAUCAGUGUGAAAGCCAGCUCCGUGGUAUACUCUGCCACAAAGGAUUAUAAAGAUCAUGGAUACAGGCACUGCUCACUGGCGGUUAUAAAUGCAUUGGCAAAUAUUGCAGCCAACAUACAGGAAGAGCAACUUGUGGACGAGCUGCUAAUGAACUUGCUGGAGUUGUUUGUUCAGCUUGGGCUGGAAGGGAAGAGAGCAAGUGAGAGAGCAAGCGACAAGGGGCCAGCACUGAAGGCAUCUAGUAGUGCAGGGAACCUGGGAGUUUUGAUUCCUGUUAUUGCUGUGCUCACCAGAAGAUUACCACCAAUCAAAGAAGCUAAGCCACGGCUUCAGAAACUCUUCAGAGAUUUUUGGCUAUACUCUGUUCUUAUGGGUUUUGCAGUGGAAGGUUCAGGACUGUGGCCUGAGGAGUGGUAUGAAGGUGUCUGUGAAAUUGCCACCAAGUCACCUUUGUUAACAUUUCCAAGCAAGGAACCCCUACGCUCUGUUCUUCAGUACAACUCAGCCAUGAAAAAUGACACUGUGACAUCGGCGGAACUGAAUGAGCUGCGUAGUACAAUCAUCAACUUACUGGAUCCGGCACCAGAAGUGUCUGCACUCAUCAACAAGCUAGACUUUGCCAUGUCAACCUAUCUACUUUCUGUGUAUCGUUUGGAACACAUGAGGGUUCUGCACUCUACUGAUAAAGAUCGGUUCCAGGUCAUGUUCUUUUACUUUGAGGAUAAAGCCAUACAGAAGGAUAAAUCAGGCAUGAUGCAGUGUGUUAUUGCAGUAGCAGACAAAGUGUUUGAUGCGUUCCUGAAUGUUAUGGCUGAUAAGCCAAAAACAAGGGAGAAUGAGGGAGAGCUGGAGCGCCAUGCUCAGUUCCUGCUGGUAAACUUCAAUCACAUCCACAAACGUAUUAGACGAGUAGCUGACAAGUAUUUGUCAGGGCUUGUGGAUAAGUUCCCUCACUUGCUGUGGAGCGGCACAGUGCUGAAAACCAUGCUGGACAUCUUGCAGACCCUAUCCCUCUCUCUCAGUGCGGAUAUUCACAAGGACCAACCAUACUAUGACAUUCCAGAUGCCCCAUACAGAAUCACUGUUCCUGAUACAUAUGAGGCCAGAGAGAGUAUUGUAAAGGAUUUUGCUGCUCGCUGUGGAAUGAUAUUGCAGGAAGCUAUGAAAUGGGCUCCAACAGUGACCAAAUCCCACCUGCAGGAAUACUUGAACAAACAUCAGAACUGGGUAUCUGGCCUUUCCCAGCACACUGGCCUUGCUAUGGCUACAGAGAGCAUACUGCACUUUGCUGGAUACAACAGGCAUAACACUACUCUGGGGUCUCCAGCUUCCUCUGUCAUCCAGUUAACACAAUUAACAGAGCGCCCAGCCUGUGUCAAGAAAGAUUAUUCCAACUUUAUGGCGUCGCUGAACCUACGUAAUCGCUAUGCUGGAGAGGUUGCUGGUAUGAUUGAGUUUUCAAAUGCCACUGGCCGAAUGUCUGAUCUAAACAAGCUGAUGCUGAAGCAGCUAAAUGAUGCUUUGGAUUCAAGGCAGCCCGAGGCUUAUACUCAGGUUAUGUUUAAACUCACAGCCAUGCUCAUCAGCUGCAAAGAAUGUGAUGCACAACUUUUACAUCAUCUUUGUUGGGCUCCCUUACGUAUGUUCACUGAUCAUGGCAUGGAAACAGCAGUCGCAUGCUGGGAGUGGCUGCUAGCAGCAAAAAAUGGAAUUGAAGUGCCGUUUAUGAGGGAGAUGGCUGGUGCUUGGCAAAUGACAGUGGAACAGAAAGCUGGAAUAUUCUCAGCAGAGCAGAAAGAAGCAGAUCCACUGGCUGCCUCAGAGCAGAGUCAACCUCAUCCCUGUCCUCCAGAAGGGAACCCCCAUUACAUCUGGAUAGAUUUUCUGGUGCAAAGAUUUGAAAUUGCCAAAUACUGUAGCUCAGAUCAAGUAGAAAUCUUCUCCAGCCUUCUGCAGCGCUCUCUCUCUCUGAAUAUUGGAGGGGGUAAGGGGAACCUUAACCGGCAUGUGGCAGCAAUUGGAUCCCGAUUCAAGUUACUGACUCUUGGGUUGUCGCUUCUGCAUGCAGAUGUAGUCCCAAAUGCCACCAUACGAAAUGUCUUGAGAGAGAAGAUCUACUCCACAUCAUUUGACUAUUUUAGCUCUUCGCCCAAGUUUCCAACCCAGACAGAGAAGCACUUACGAGAGGAUAUCAGCAUCAUGAUCAAGUUCUGGACCGCCAUGUUUUCAGACAAGAAGUAUCUCACAGCAAAUCAGCUAGUGCCACCGGAUAACCAAGAUCCUUCAAUGAAUAGCCUUUCUGUGAUGGCAGAUGUCACCCGUAGUAACCUUGAUGUGACAGUUGGUUCUCGACAACAGACUGCUCAGGGCUGGAUCAAUACAUACCCUCUAUCCAGUGGCAUGUCCACUAUUUCCAAAAAAUCUGGUUUGGCCAAAAAAACAAACAGGGGAACUCAGCUACACAAAUACUACAUGAAAAGGAGGACUCUUCUGCUCUCUCUUUUGGCCACUGAGAUUGAUCGUUUGACCACAUGGUACAACCCUUUGUCUGCCUCUGAGUUAGAGCUAGAUCAGACUGGUGAAAACAGCGUAGCCAACUGGAGAUCUAAGUACACCAGCUUGAGUGAGAAGCAAUGGAAAGAUAAUGUCAACCUGGCCUGGAGUAUUUCUCCUCACUUGGCAGUGCAACUACCCACCCGGUUUAAAAACACUGAUGCUAUUGCAGGUGAAGUAACCCGUUUGGUGAGACUGGAUCCAGGAGCUGUUAGUGAUAUCCCAGAGGCAAUCAAGUACCUGGUAACUUGGCAUACAAUAGAUGCAGAUGCCCCUGAACUCAGUCAUAUCCUGUGCUGGGCGCCCACGGACCCACCCACUGGGUUGUCCUACUUUUCCAGCAUGUACCCACCACAUCCACUCACUGCUCAGUAUGGAGUGAAAGUGCUACGAUCGUUCCCACCAGAUGCUAUUCUUUUCUACAUUCCACAAAUUGUUCAAGCUUUGAGAUACGACAAGAUGGGUUAUGUUCGAGAAUAUAUACUUUGGGCAGCUUCAAAAUCUCAACUUCUUGCGCAUCAGUUUAUCUGGAAUAUGAAGACAAAUAUUUUUCUUGAUGAGGAAGCUCACCAAAAGGACCCUGAUAUUGGGGACUUGCUGGAGCAGUUGAUGGAGGAAAUCACUGGAUCCCUUUCAGGACCAGCCAAGGAUUUCUACCAGCGCGAGUUUGACUUCUUUAACAAAAUCACUAAUGUUUCUGCCAUCAUUAAGCCGUAUCCUAAAGGUGAGGAACGGAAGAAAGCCUGUCUGAAUGCCCUGUCUGAGGUGAAAGUGCAGCCAGGUUGUUACCUGCCCAGCAACCCUGAAGCCAUUGUUCUGGACAUAGAUUAUAAAUCUGGAACCCCCAUGCAGAGUGCUGCAAAAGCCCCUUAUCUGGCCAAGUUCAAGGUGAAACGAUGUGGAGUCAGUGAACUUGAGAAGGAAGGUCUUCGCUGCCGUUCAGACUCCAUUGAUGAGAGUGAAGAAGAUGGAGACAAAAAAGUUUGCUGGCAAGCUGCUAUCUUUAAAGUGGGUGAUGACUGCCGACAGGACAUGCUGGCUCUGCAGAUUAUUGACUUGUUCAAGAACAUUUUCCAGCUUGUUGGACUGGACUUAUUUGUCUUUCCAUACAGAGUAGUUGCAACAGCUCCUGGGUGUGGAGUUAUUGAAUGUAUACCAGACUGCACCUCUCGGGACCAGCUGGGCCGCCAGACUGACUUUGGCAUGUAUGACUACUUCACGCGGCAGUACGGGGAUGAGUCUACGCUUGCUUUCCAGAAGGCUCGAUAUAACUUUAUCCGCAGCAUGGCAGCCUACAGCCUCCUGCUCUUUCUGCUUCAGAUUAAAGACCGGCACAACGGCAAUAUUAUGCUGGAUAAAUUGGGUCACAUUAUCCACAUUGAUUUUGGAUUCAUGUUUGAGAGCUCCCCUGGAGGUAACCUUGGCUGGGAGCCAGAUAUUAAACUUACUGAUGAGAUGGUGAUGAUUAUGGGAGGAAAAAUGGAGGCCACUCCCUUUAAAUGGUUCAUGGAGAUGUGUGUGCGAGGGUACUUGGCCGUCAGGCCUUAUAUGGAUGCUGUAGUGUCACUGGUCACUCUCAUGUUGGACACAGGACUACCCUGCUUCCGUGGACAAACCAUCAAACUUUUAAAGAACCGGUUCAGUCCCAACAUGACUGAAAGAGAAGCAGCAAAUUUUAUCUUGAAGAUUAUUCAAAAUUGUUUCCUAAGUAACAGGAGCAGAACAUAUGACAUGAUCCAGUACUAUCAGAAUGACAUCCCAUAUUGAUCUCCCUAUCUUACCAUGAGCACCUCUGCUGUUAUAGUGAUCUGUUUCCUAUUGUGUCUCAAGGAUCCCCAAUACAAGGAUAAGAUCCAUUAUUUAAGGAUAUCUGGAAGUGAUUGUUAAGUGAGAAGUGGGGCCAACAAGAGUAGUUAGAGGGCAGAUGGCACCGUGCUAAUCCCCUCCUAGUUUUGGCAUGGACUCGUUUAGCUGUAUUCACACAAAUCAUAAUUGACUGUCAAUAAGCUGAACCAAACCGAAAGACUGUAAUGCAAAUAGAGAUGCAAUUUAUUUUUUUUGCGUACGUGUUGGAAUUAGAAUUUAAAUAAUUUACUUGGAGAAUUUUUUUUUAAAUUAUUUAUGGCCUGAAACAGAGAUUAUUCUUUUUUUGUGACACUGUAAGUUUACACUGCACUUUAUGCUGUAAGUAUAUAAAUGCUCUUAUAUUUAUAUUAGUUUGCAGCUUGACAAUUACUUCUAUAUAAGCUUCCUUUCUUUCUACCAACAUCUGAGGACUAAAGCAAGAAACAGAAGUGUCAUAGGUUGUCCUUCUGGAGUCACUGAACUGAACAUUGCACUGUAGCCCCUGAUUUUAAGAAGGAUAUAUGAAGAAAGCUACUUUCCUUUUGUGUGUGUAAAAACUGUAUGCAAAAUCCGUCUAACAUAUGACUUGUAAUUAAAGAAUGAACAAAGUUCUAA